CGGAACAGGCGAGACCCCCCCGCUACGGAACUGGCCACCAUGCCCCCACCGCGCCCCCUCCGCAGCGCCGCCCUCCUCCUCUCCAUCAGCCUCUUGGUCCAAAGUCGGCCCCAAACGUCCCCUCGGCCCCCCACCGACCCCCACAAAGGACCGGGAAGUCCCAGUCCCUUCCCACCCCCCCCACCCGCCGCCGCCCCCCAUCUCGGCUUGACCAAACGUUCUACCGCCCCCUUGGGUCACCACAACGAGGUCUUGAAGGACCUGGAAGAACUUGGACGUCUCCGAGCCGAAGCCAAAGGGAUCGGGAACGGGAUCGGGAACGGGAACGGAUCGGGGUUGGCCAAGUUCGAGGCAACUUCGGCAACAGCAAAGUUUGGAACAUCGUCUGUUGGAAAGACGCUACGAAGAGUUGGCCGAAAGCCGACGGCAAGCGAAGCGGCACGAAAAGCGGCAGCCGAAGAAGAACGUUUGGCCGAUUUAGCAUCCGAUCUUCUACUCCGGUAUCUUCUCCGUGGGCCCGGAGCCGCCGUUGCCGAGGAUAAAAGAUCGGAAGAAGAGGAAGAGGAAGAAGACGACGGCGAUGGGAUCCCAUCAGACGUCGAGGAUGGGUUGGAUAUCAACGGGGGGUUGGAAGGAGACGGGUUGGAGGUCACCGGGGGGUUUGAGGGCGACGGGUUGGAGGUCAACGGGGGUUUUGAAGGCAACGAGGGCUUGGAGGACAACCAGGAUUUGAAGGUCAACGGGGGCUUGAAGGUCAAUGGGGGCUUUGGAGGCACCGGGCUUGAAGGUCAACGGGGUCUUUGGAGGCACUGGGAGUUUGAAGGUCAACAGAGGCUUCAAGGGCAACGAUGGCUUCAAGGUCAAUGGUGGCUUCAAGGGCAACGAUGGCUUCAAGGUCAACGGUGGCUUUGAAGGCAAUGGGGGCUUGGAGGACAACGGGGGCUUCAAGGUCAAUGACGGCUUUGAGGGCAACGAUGGCUUUGAAGGCAACGGGGGCUUGGAAGACAACGAGAUCCUUCCAACGGGGGAACGAGAUCCUGCCACGGGGCAACGAGAUCCUACCAAGGGGCAACGAGAUCCUUCCACGGGGCAACGAGAUCCUUCCAAGAGGCAACGAGAUCCUUCCAAGGGGCAACAACGAGAUCCUACAAGGGGCAACGAGGGUCCCAGAGGGUGGCAACGAGAUUCCGGAAGGUUCCGAGGAGAUGCCACCCCAGGAUCCGGCCGAGGUGGACGACCUUGACCCCAGUACCAUCGACCAGUUGAUCGAGCUUUCCAGUAAACUCCACUUACCGGCCGACGACGUGGUGGACAUCAUCCACGACGUGGAACAGAAACGCAAGAUGGAGGCCACCGUGGGGGCCCCCCCCCGCCUCAUCCAUCCCCCCCGGCCCCGAAUUCGCCCUUUACCCAUUUCCGAACGUUUUUCGGGUCGGACUUUCCUGCCCUUCCCCCGCGCCCCCCCCCCACCUCUACGGGAUCGGGAGCUGCAGAAGUAUCUGGAGAGGGUUUUGGGGGGCCCCCCCCGGGGUUACCCGUGAUGGGGGGGACGACACAAUAAUUCCCUCCCCCCCCCCCCGGUAUCCCUCCACCCCAUCCUGCUGCUCGGAUGUCCCCGUCCCAUCCUGGGGCCACCAGUUUGGUCCCUCCCAGUUCUCCCAGUUCCUACUGUAGACCCCCCCCCGCCUCGAGUCCCCUGGUCCCCCCCUCUUCAGACCCAGAGCCCCCCCCUCCCCGCCUCAAGUUUCAGCUCCAGUCUCCCAGUUCCCUCCCAGUUCCCCCAGUCCUCCAGU